AUGGUGAGGUGUUGUGUAAUAAAUUGUCUUUCACAUAAUGAAAAAAAUAAAAAAAUUUCAUUAUUUACUUUACCGAAAAAUCCAAAUAUUCGCAAAAAAUGGAUCAACGUUCUAUCUGAAGUUAAUGGUAAAGAUAUAUUAUCUACAUCACGAGUGUGCGAGUUACAUUUCAAUCCAUGGGAUAUAUCUCGGACAUAUUCGUGUUGGAGCAGUACCAGUUCUAAAACCACUCUAGAGUCAACUGAAACAGCAGAAACCAAGGAAGAUUUUUUACAAAGAACUAUAAGACCAAAACUAAACACUAAUGCAAUUCCAUCAAUAUUUGAAGUAAAACAUUCACAGAAAGCGCCACAAUCUCCAGCAGCUUGCUGUAAAAAACUUGAUUGGUCUGAUGAGCCAUUUACAAUUAAACCUCAAGAGACUAGUUUGCAAGUGGUUUUAAUUGACUCGUUUAAAAGGUUGUUGGAAAAUGUAACCAACAUAAAUUUGCCUGUAGGUUGGAAUUAUUUUUAUGACCAAACAGCAGUCAUUUAUUAUUUCAUAAAACAUGAAUGUAUUCAAGAAGUGAAAGCUGUAAUUGAAAGAAAAAUUGUUUUAACAUCAGAAUCUAUUAUACGUUUUUAUGCUUAUGACAAAUUAAUAGAUAAAGAACAACUUUUGAUUAAUUUACAAUAUCCAUUUAAUUUAACAGACUUAGAAAGAGUUUUCAUAAUGUUUUACCAAAAACAACUCUGUGUGGGUGGACCAAAUGCACUAACUUACCCACGUAUCACCGAUAGAAAUUCUAAAUUAGAAAUGAACAAUGUUUGGCAUCAUUUAAAUUGUCCCCGUAUAAUUUCUAUGAAACGAAAGAGGAGUGUACAAUGUCAAAAACUACUAGCAAAAUUUCGGAUUAAUAAUAGUAAAUUAAAACACAGUGCUAGAAAAUGUAUUACAAAACGAAUUGGAGGUUCACUUACACCAAAUAGAAUACUCUUUUAUAAUGGUAUUUUAAAAAACAAAAGAAAACUUAUUAAAACAAAUAAAAGAUAUUUGUCAAAAAUUGAAGACCUUAAUAACAAGCUAGGAACUUUACAAAAUCAAAUGAAGUACAUAACAGAUGCUUCUUUUGAGACCAUAGUCAAUAACAAUAAUUUAAAUGAAUCUCAAAAAAACAUAGUUCAAGAAAUUUUUAAAACAAGUAAAUUGAAUAAUUCAAAAAGUAGAAGAUAUUCUGAAAACUGGAUUUUGCUAUGUUGA